AUGCCAAUAAAUUACCCUAAAAAAUGUCCUGAAUGUAAUAGUUAUUGCUUGUACGCAAGUUUUGCAAGAAGGGAAUUGGUGCUAAUCUCAGCUCACAAUGAACCGAAUCCUCAAAUCAAUGAUUUUGAUCACCCUAAUCAAUUUAUUCAACAACCUCUUUUCAUUCGUCCUAAUCAUAUUGGAUCUUUUCACCUACAUCCUCGUUACGAUGGACCUGUUCAAUAUCCUCAGCAACCAUUUACUUUUAAUGCACCUCAGCACCCUCGUCUUAAUGAACCCGACCAAUUUCCUCAGUAUCCUUGUAUUAGCGGACCUGAUCAACCUCCUCAAAUUAAUGAGAUCAACAAUUUUAAUAAUGAUCCAAAUUAUAUCCAAACUAAGCCUAAUCUGCAGAUUCAAUACUCUAAUAAUCAAACCACAAAUUCAAUUAGAAAUAACUCAAUUCAACCCUCACUGACUCCCAUGCAAGCCAACAUUCAAAUUAAUAAUAACCUCCAAAGACAACCAUCAUUCGCAUCUCAAGCUUCAAAUGUAACCGCCCAGCCUUUACAAGAGUUUAGAAAUUGUAACUAUCUUGUUUGUAGUAUUUUAAAGAGCCAAUGUUUUCAAAGUAUUGGCGAUGAACCGCAGAAUGAAAAUUGUGUUACACGAAAUGAACAAAAUGAAGAUGUAAAU